AUGAUUAUUUCACCAGAAAAUUUACUUAUCUGUUCUACGGUGGGAGAAGUAUUUGCUAUCAACAAAACAGACGGCACACAGGUAUGGAAUGCCAGGCUCUCGGGUGUAGGAUACGGUGUUGGGGCAUUAUUUGUAUCUGGUAGUAAAGUCUACGUUGGGAUGAAUGGCAAUCUAGUCGCCCUGAAUUUGGCUGAUGGAGCAGAGGUUUGGAGAAACCCGUUAUCGGGAAUGAGAUAUAGCGAAGUAUCAGUACUCGUCGCCAACACCAGCUCAUCUAAAGGUUCUAUCGUUUUAGUAGCUUCUUUCGGAAAAUUAUGUGGAAUAGGAUCAGAAUUAGGAGAGACGCUUUGGAAAAACGAGCUGAAGGGUGGCUGUUAUUACUUACCUUGUCUUAUGUUGGAUUCAUCAGAUCCUGAUGUUGUACUGGUUGGAUGUGGAAAACGAAUAUACAAGAUCAAUUUACUUGAUGGACAAACGAUUUGGAAUCAAAAAAUAUCUUCAAACAUAUUUGGUCCACCCUACGUUACUAUGGCCACUCAUCAAAGUAGUUUGCAGGCCGCAUUUACACAUACAGGAUUCAAUAACAACCCUGUUGCUCAACAUGCUAGAAGAAUGAAAGACGAGAAAGAUUCUCGUGAAUAA